CUGACACGAAGCCAUGCUAACAUCGACACCAAAAUAACAUAGUAAAAUAGGUUGGCUAACGUUGCUGCACCAGCUAGACCGAAUGUUACCAACCACAAAUUCAUUUCGUCCGCAGGCUGUCUUGGAGUUUGUUGAUGUAAGGAGAUUGUGGAAAAGUGAUGCAUUUAAACACAAUGCCGGCGACAGGAAUAAGGAAUAAGACCAAAGUCAGUUUGUGUGUUUUGAAAACAGGCCUGAUGGUUGCCAGUGGGUUGGGAAGAAGACCCGAGGAGUGAGAUCCAACAUCCUGUAAACAGAGGGCCAUGCAUGUUGCACUGCGACCACGCAGUGGUUGCCUGGUGCUCUGUCUGUGCCUCUCGAUGUUCACCCUGCUGCUGCAGAGCCUCUGGGUGCCACUUGAGACGACCAAGGAUGAACCUGCUGGGAGGUCACCUGAGGAACAAGGUCAGCGUGGGCUCGGCAUUCGCAGGCUGGCUCUUCGCUUGGAGGCUUUGAGUACUCAGGUGCAGAGGCUUAGCAGAGAGAGAGAUGUCCCCCAGCUGACCAGAGAGGAUAUCAGUCUGUUGCUGCAGAGCUUUAGAAAGGACCAGCAAGGCUUAGCCCAUUUGGUGGAGAGGGAGCUGAAGAGAGUGUCUCAGAGGCUUGACCAACUAAGCCGUCAUCAGCACCAUCACCAUUCCCAUCAGUCUCACGUACCAUCCCGAAAUGAUGUCCUCAGACUACACACAGGGCCCAAUGAGAAGUGUGAGGUGCCAAUGGAUCGUGCGUAUCCGGUGUGUGCGGAGAAAGUGGAGUUCCUGCGGACCCGUUGGCAGUCAGACCCAUGUUAUGCCUUUUAUGGGGUGGAUGGUACCACAUGCUCCAUAUUGACAUACCUUAGCCAAAUAGAGGACUUUUGUCCCCCUCGUCUUGGAAGAAACCAAUCUGCGCUGCCAUGGCACCAAAAACCUCACUCCUACACAGAAAAGGCUGAGAUACGUACAACUCUGAGCCAACUACAUUGGGUCAUCGGCAACAACAGUGGCGCUGCCGUAAACUUCAUCCAGUCCAGAGUGGAAAGGAUGUCUAAACGGUGGAUACAGGCUGCUCUGAGGAUGAGGCGGAGCAGCAGCAAGACAGCCUCGACCCAGAUGAGGGUGCUGCUUUAUCCCGGGGCCCUGGCUGGGAGUGUUGGCCAGCGUUUUGAGGCCCUGGUGGACAGAGGGGGUCCUCUAGGGGAGCUGGUCCAGUGGGCUGACCUCAGCGUCUGUCUGACAAUCCUGGGCCACAAUCUAACGUUCAGCACCUCACAGCAACAACUCCACAGUCUGGUAGGUGCUGCGCCAGGCCGAGGCAGUUGUCCAAUCCAGAGGCCUCUGACCUAUGACCUCAUCUACACUGACUACCAUGGUCUUGCUCAUCUUCAAGGUGCCAUGGGACUGGCUUUCCUGCAUUACCAGUGUCGCUUCAGAAUCCUGGACUCUUUUGGCACUGAACCAGCCUUUAACUUGGGGAGUUAUGCGAAUAGUCAUGGAUAUAAAACACUGUGGGGCAGCUGGGGUCUGCAACCUCUGCAGUACAUGACCAUGUUCCCUCAUACUCCUGAUAACUCCUUCCUGGGCUUUGUGAGCGAGGAGACGAGGGUGGAAGAGCUGGAGCCAGACACCUACAGAAAAGACAGGAUAGCAGUUGUCUAUGGCAAACAGGACUACAUGUGGCAGGGCAAAUCGGAGUAUGUGGAGGUGAUCAGUGAAGAGCUGGAGACCCACGCUACAGUCUACCAGCCUCCAGGACUCACCUCUAAUUUGCCCAGCUUCAUCAGAAACCACGGCCUGCUGAGUCAGGAACACUUCCUACGACUUCUCCGAAGAGCCAAGGUGUUUGUAGGUCUUGGGUUCCCCUAUGAGGGUCCAGCUCCCAUUGAGGCAAUAGCACUGGGCUGUGUCUUCCUUCAGCCACGAUUUGACCCACCACACUCAUCAGACAACAAUGACUUCUACAAAGGCAAGCCCACAACAAGACAGAUCUCCUCCCAGCACCCUUAUGCUGAGAAAUUCAUUGGCAAACCCCACGUGUGGACUGUAGAUGUGACCAACAAGACUGAAGUCCGGGAGGCUAUCAGAGCCAUUCUUCGCACAGAGUUGAAGCCUUUCAUUCCUCGAGAGUUCACAUGCGAGGGAAUGCUGGAGAGGGUUCGCAGUUAUAUCGCUCACCAGAAUUUCUGCAGUAAAUCUGUCCCUACUUGGCCACCAGAAAGCACUCUAAGGGUGCACCUGGGUCCGCUGGGUCAGUCAUGUGUCAGUGUGUGUCGACAGUCCUCCCUAGUGUGUGAGCCAGCUCUGUUUCCCAACCUAAACAGUCCUGCUGCAUUCGCCAGACUCAAGAUAGGUUGCACCAGCAUGGAGCUGGAAGUCAACCACCUGUUUCCGUCCUACAGCCCUUGGGGUAGACACUGUGGCCUUCAGCAGAACCCUCUGCUGUUCAGUUGUGCCGGCUCCGACCCCUCUUACCGCAGACUGUGUCCCUGCCGAGCUCACCUGCCUGGACAGGUGGCACUGUGCCCCGACUGCCUCUAAACAACACUGUGAGAGAACUCAGGAAAUAGGGGGAAAGGGAAGAUGAAAACGGUAAGAUGAAGAAUUGAUCUCAACCAAAGAGAAACAGCUGAUCUGCCAAUGCUAUUAAAAGCUUUGUGGUCUACAAGCCGAGGUUGAAAGAUAGUAGACUGAGUAUCUGUGUUACUAAUUUGUGCCAUUCUAUAACUUUAAUAAUCCCAGUAACCAUACCUGGCAUUUAGUUUUUCACAACAAUUGUACUUAUGUUGUGCAAAGUGGGUAGUUUAUUUAUGUAAAAAUGCAGGGUGCAUCCACUUUCUAGAUUUGUCCAACGCGUUUGUUAUGGACUAUACUUUUUGUUUUAUUUUUUCAUGACAGUCAUUACUCAGGUACCAAAAAUGAAUGAUUGUCAUUUCAUAUGGGUUUUAGGUGUUGAAGGGUGAUAAAUUCAAGGCCUGGUGUCUUGUGGUGCAGAAUGAAAUCACUCUUGUUUCAAAGCUUUUUGUUAAUCCCUUCAGCAAAACAGUCUUUAAAAAAAGGCAAUAUUCACUUUUGGGAAAAUAUAAGUUUAAAGUGGCACUU